GGACCGACACUCAACCAUAUAGAGGCAGACUCACACCAGAAUAUACCUUGCUCUGCCUCGGCAAAAAUCCUUGUUCUUAUCCCUCUCCCCAUUCCCUGCUACUCUUUCUCUCUCUAACCCACAAGGUCAUUUUCUCUCUCUAUCUCCAUCCCCGUCCCCAUCUCCAUUUCUCUCUACAUGGAGUUUUUUCAAGAAAUCCUCUUCACUGUUGGUGUUUACCUUCUGGUCUUUGUUAUUCCCAAGCUUGUGUCAAUAGUGGUUACUAGUUCUGAUGUUGCUAAAGGAAAGUCUGUGUCGGUGUCUGCAGAUUUGAUGGGGAAAAGGGUCAUGAAUGAACCCCAACAUGCCAAAAAAUCGGUGGUUUGUGAUCAAGAAAGAGUUAUCAAACUUGAUGAGGAGGAGUUUUUGCUGUUCACAUCGUCGGUAAUAUGUGUCGAUAGUGAGAUUGCUGAUAAUGAACGUGUUGGUGUUGUUGGAUUGGAAGAGAAAUCUGUGGAAGAGAGUGUUUGUGAGGAGAAAGAGAAAGAAAGUGAGUUUGAUUCUGGAGGGUUGAAGGAACAUGGAUUGAUUGUUGUGGAGGAUGAGUUUGUAGAAAACCUGGUUGAAGAAAGUCCUGAGAGAGCAGAGUUUGGCGAAAUCAGGAUCGAAUUAGUCAAGGGUGAAGUGGGUGUGGCCAAAAGCGAGGAGGUUGGUGUAUUGGAAGGUGAAGGUACAAUAGGGACUGAGAUUGAUGGAGUGAUGGUGAAGGAUGUAGUGGGUGUGGCCGAAAGCGAUGAGGUCUUGGUUUCGGUGGGCGGAGAUGGUAAUGAGAGCAAUGGAGUAAGCGACAAUGUGGCUGCUGAGGAAGAAGAUGGGUUGCUUGAUGAUUGGGAGGGGAUAGAGAGAACUGAUUUGGAAAAGUGUUUUGGUGCUGCUGUGGUAUUUGUUGGCUCCAAGACUAAUGCUGGUUGUAUUUCUAAUCUUGAGAAUGAUACGAAGAUGCAGUUGUAUGGACUUCAUAAGAUUGCCAUUGAAGGGCCUUGCCACGAGCUGCAGCCGAUGGCAUUGAAGGUCUCUGCUCGUGCAAAGUGGAAUGCUUGGCAACGUCUAGGGAAUAUGAGCCCUGAGGUGGCUAUGGAGCAGUAUGUUACCCUUCUUUCGGGGAAGAUUCCUGGGUGGCUGGGAGAUGAUGCUUAUGGAGGCGAACAGGUUUUUUCAGAUGUAAAAGCUUCUAGGACCAGUUUGCAGAAGCAACCUGAUACUGAAAAAGAGAGGAAGUUAGAUGACUUGAAGCUUUUUGCUGAAGAAUGUGGUGUCAUUAUGGUCGAGAGUUCGAACUCUAAAAGCAGGGUAUGGAUGUGACAAAUAAUUAAAACAUUUCUAUGCCGGUUGCUCCUCAUGACCAUCACAGCAUCAUUCUACCUCACCCAGCUGUAAACUGCAUCAUUUCGCCCCAUGACCACAGAUUAGGAACUUAUUAGGAGAUUGCUUCAAGGAUUCAGAAGCUUCUGUUCUGGAUAUAGCAAAGUCUGCAAUAUGAUGGUGUGUGUAAAUAAAGAACUAAUCGUAUGUCUAUGGUAUAUAUAAGCAUAUUUACCGGAUUUAUUGCCCUGGUUUUUACACGGUUUAGUAAUUGUAUUUACUCAUUAGGAUUGGGCUGGUUUUUGAUUUUGUUUAUAGUCCUUGGAAUGCAACGAAAUUAUGUGGUAGUUUGAAAUCAUGAAUGCCUGAUAUUAGGAUUUGUCUGUUGCAUCUUGCAAUAGUUCACUGAUAAGAGUAAAAAUUAUUUUGAGUGGGUGAUUGUCGAGCUCGUAA